AUGUCAUUAAGGUACUUGGCACCAAAAAUUCUGUCCUUUUUCUUGUCCUCGAACACGGCCAUCAGGUUGUCUGGAGAGUCCUCAGCCAUGAGAGUUAGAUACUCCUCAUUGUUACCCUGUUUGAGGAUCUUGGACAACGAUUCCAGGUCCAGACCCAGAACCAAGUCCUUGUCGCAACGGAACUCCUGGAACGAGCCCGCGUCGAUCUUAAGAGCGAUCAGCAGCACUCUGGAGUCGUCGAUUGCCUGGACAGUGAUACCCUGGCUCUGA